AUUGAACCUUCCUCGUCUCGACUCGACUCCUCGUUCGUUCUGUGGGCGUCGAACUUUACGCUUUCCUGCUUUCCUGCUUCCCGCGCGCGUCGCACCCUCGGUACGCUCGCGCCCCUGUCCCCGGGUUUCAAUUCAAUGCUUUGAUUUGUGUUCUAGUGAUGCGAAAUGUGAGUAUUCACAGCCCCCCCACGCUUCGUGAACGAGGAGGAAUUUCGACGACCAGGCGCAUAAGAUCGUAGGGUAGAAGUUCUCGCGGGGUUUUACUUUUGUUAACCGGCUGUCGUUAGAAUACCCCAGCGUUCUCGCGUCGUUGUUUGGGGAGCAGACUCGUAGGGUUUUAGACCUCGUUAGUCUUCCCCCCGUGCCAGAUUUCUCCGUUCGUUUGAUCGAGAGAAGGCAUCGCUGGGUAUUGCGAGCGUGACAGGUUUUGGGUUUUUCUUGUAUCCAGGUGAGCUGCGAAUUCGUCCUCAAGAGAUCUCUUCAUCUCUCGGGAACUGAUCUGCCAUCAUGGAUCACGGGGGACCCGCUCCACCCGAGCCAGUCACAUAUUUGUGUGGGGAUUGUGGAGCUGACAAUACUCUUAAGCCUGGAGAUGUCAUCCAGUGCCGUGAAUGCGGGUAUCGCAUCUUGUAUAAGAAGCGAACCCGACGAAUUGUGCAAUUCGAGGCGAGAUGAUCGAUUGGUUGUCGGUCAGCACUCCUGGAGUUUUAGACAUGUCAAGCCGAGCAUGUACUUGCCCUUUCAGAAUGGGAUCUACAUUGAAGCGAUUGACGAAGGGCCUGGAUCAACUUCCUGGAAUGAGGUUUCUUCAGACUCAAAGGUGUGUACUUAGUAUAUGAAUCGCUGGAGUUUGACUAUUAUCGUCGGCAGAAUGGAAUUUAGGCUCUGAGUGGCGCUCAGAGCUUGGACUAUGAAUUUAUUGGACAAAACGCUGCUACAAUCGUCGCCUGCUCUGAAUUUCGCAUUUUCUAGGAGGUAGAAAAUGCAACCUAUGGAUGUAUUAUUGAUUGCAAGACCUACAUUAAACAUCCGAUUUUGAUUAGAGAGAGCAAACGUUACGCGAUGUUGGAUCAGUAACAUGUAGUAACGAAGAUUCAGAUCAUUAGCUGGUUACAUCUUUUUUCUCUUCAUAUGUGAGUUCCUCCGCGACUUUCGGAAGAGAGAAGGUGUUGUCUUUCACCUAGUUUCUGCAUUGCCAUCAAACGAUGCACGUUACGAAUACACAAAUAUGGAAAUUAUCAUAUAUUUUGUGCUUGC